AUGGUGAAAAUUCAGAAAAAGUUGAAAGGAUUUACAGAUGGAAUAAAAAUAUUAGGGACUUUUCAUAAUGACAAAUAUGUAAGUGAUGAAAAUGAAAAUGAUGAUAUAAUAAAUAAUCCUUUAUAUAAAAACAUUAAUGACGAUAGACAAACAAAUAUUAAUCUCGAUUUUAAUAUUAAAGAAGUUAUACAAAACCAAAUAAAUUACAAAAAUCUUAAUUUAUAUUUAAAUAAAAAUGAUACAUCCAUUCUUUUAUCAAUACUUUUAUACAAAAUUUUAAUGAAAAAACCACAAAAUAUUGUUGAGUAUAUUAUUAACGAAUUAAACGUUAUACUUAAUCAACAUACAUUGGAAAAGGAUGAAAAUAUAAAUUCUCAAAGUAGUAAUAAUAAUACUUAUAUGGAAUUAUCAAAUUGUGACGAUAUUAAUAAAGAUAUAAAAAAUUCCUUAGACAAACAACACACAAUUAUAAAUCCAAAACCAAUGGAAUUAAUAAAUAGUAAAACAUUUUUAGGAGAUGAUAUAUUGAGCUUAGAAAAUUUAUUAAGUAUUGUAAAUUUUACUAAAAUUCAAAAUUCUGAUCAAAUUUAUUUUUAUAAUUUAUUAAAAAUAUUAAAACAAUUUAAAAAUUUUAAAAAUGAUUGUAUACUUUUAAAUGAAAAUAUUAAUCCUAGUGAUAUUAUACCUAUGAACAAAGCUUUUCAUUUAGCUACCCUUUUUUACACUAAUCAUUUUUCGAGCUCUUUCAUUAAUUAG